AUGGUUAUGUCAGUAUCUCUUGAACCUACGUCAGAAUCGACCAGAGAGGCGUUCCAGUCGUUAUCUCUUUCCAUCCCCAUCGAUACUGCCAAGUAUCAGUACAUAUGCCAAUUCCUUGAGAGAGUAUUGCUGCUUAAGGAUGAGAGAUCCAUCUUGAUUGAUACCAGUGAAGGUGUCAAUUUGAAGUUGGGAUGUGUAGAGCUUUUGCCCAACGUAUCGUUUCCAUUGGAUGCUUGGGUCAACGAUCAAAUUGUAGUCAGGGACAUCCGAAUUAAGAACUCCCUUUUGAAUGAAAUCAACUCUUUGAUUGAGAAAGAGGUAGCAAAUACCCAGUCGGGUACACCGGUGAGGAUCGAUGGUAAUGUCAUCAGCUACUACGAGAAGUUGUUGGUUGCCUACCGGUUCCUCGAGGCACCAAUCAUGCAAGUAAACUCAUCUCCCACAAAUUCCACCUCCUACCGUACAGAUUAUCCCUUGCGUGAAGAAGAAGAUGAAGAAAAUGACGAUGUUGUGAUUGCCAGGACAAUCUCCAACCAAUCUUCUACGAAUUCGUUACUGAAGACAUACCACUCGUUAUUUGGAAAUGGCAAUAGUGCAAACACCAAUAGCAUCAUAUCGGGACCAACGUUAAACCACAAUAGCAGCAUUGCCAAUGGAACUUCACUCAAUGGCAAUAAUAACAUCAGCAAUGGCAAUGCUUUGAAUAACAACAACGGUAACAACAUCAAUAGCCAUAAUACUGGUAACAAUAAUAUGAAUAAUAACAGUAGCAAUAACAGUGGACACAGGUUAACCUUUACCAGGAAGAAGAGAUUCCUGACAUUGCUUGGCCAAUCAGCUCAAGCUUCAGAUACUAAUUUGAACGAACAGAAUGGGUACUAUGAAGAUGAAGAGAAGAAACACCAAAACUUGAAUGGGUUGUUGGCCAAGUCAAGGAUUUAUAAUAAAUUGAAGAAAAAUCGUGAUCUGUCAGCUUCAUCCACGUCUGUCAUAUCAAAUCCUACUAGUUUAUCUCAUAGCAAUAGGAAUAGUAUAGCUACUACCAUGACUUCUAGUACCAAAAGAAGAGGCAGUAUCCAGACGCCUGAAAUGCUCAUAGAGUCAAGAUCAUCUGUCAUAUACGGGGGUUCUAGCGGAGGCGCUGGUGGAGUAGGGAUGAGUGCCAGUGGAGGUUACACAAGCGCUUCAAGACAUUCAUCAAUAUACUCAAUACCUGGAUUGACCCCAUCCCAAAGACAAGAUAUCCAAAAAUCCAAGUUUGACUACUACGUACAGUUAAAGAAAUUGUUACGACUAACCAAGCAAGUCUUAGCUGUGAUCAACGACUCGUUUGAGUCUCGCGACAUGCUUAAUCUUGUGGAGUUUAUAAAGAGAUAUGUCAUGAAAUUUAUUGUAAUAGAUAUGAACGAAAUUCUUCUCGAAUAUGUCGAGCAUAAAGAACUUUCGUUGUAUAGGAAAUAG